AUGACGCCCAAGGCGGCGGGCGCGCAGUGGAACCCAGCGGCGUGCAGCGGCUGGAACAAGACACUGCACCAUGUGCACAGCUCGCAAGGGCCGGAGAGCGGCGACGCCAGCGCGCCUCGCGGCGAGGAGCGAAGGCGGCGAGGUCGAAGCAGGGAGACUGCUGCGAUGCCAGGCGGGUGGUGGCAGAACCGACAAAGCCGUUGGAAAGGCAGGCUGCAGGACGCCAACCAGAAGCCUCCCACUGCCGUGGCCCCGUCGUCAUUGCCUGUGACGUUUUGCCUGCCGCGUCUUUCCCCGGUCUCGCUUCCCACAUUCCCACAGGGUGGCGGAUGGGAGCGAGCGGGUAGCGGCAGACAGGAGGGUUUCUGGACAAGCCACCGCCAUCAGCCGCCUGCCAUGUCCCAUGGUGACGCGGCCAGCCGUCGAAGCAAUCAAGAGCCAGCCAGGAUGAGGCCGGAAGCGCUUCCUAGGGGAUCGUCCGGACGCCCUGCUGUUCCCGAGAACGGAUCCCGGAGGGCGACCGCGGACGCAACUCCCCGGGGCGGCAAGUGCGGCGGCAACAAGGAGCUGAAAAGGCCGGGCUGCGUGCCUUGGCCCUUGUGGAUUGGAGGGAAGACGACCUGGGAGUUCGCGUGA